AGAUAGACGAUACAUAUAUACAUCUACCCAAACCCCCAAAAAAGAAAGCUCAUAUUUUUUUGUUUCCAACAGCAAAAACAGAUUUCGUCGGCGGUCCUGUGUUUCUCCGUCGAUUCACAAAUCGAUCAAAUUCCCCAAACCCUAAAUUUCAUUUUCCACACACAGUUGAAGGUGUAUUUUCACACACCAAAUGGAUUUGGAUCUGUGGCUAUCAAAGGUCAAAGAAGGCCAGCACUUGUCCGAAGAUGAAUUGCAGCUUUUAUGCGAAUAUGUAAAAGAUAUCUUGAUUGAAGAGUCAAAUGUUCAGCCUGUAAAUAGUCCAGUUACUGUUUGCGGUGAUAUUCAUGGCCAGUUCCAUGAUCUAAUGAAGCUGUUUCAGACUGGAGGUCAUGUGCCCGAGACAAAUUACAUUUUUAUGGGCGAUUUUGUUGACCGUGGUUACAACAGUUUGGAAGUUUUCACAAUACUUUUACUUCUAAAAGCAAGAUACCCUGCAAACAUUACUCUUUUACGUGGAAAUCACGAAAGCAGGCAAUUAACACAGGUCUAUGGGUUCUAUGAUGAAUGCCAAAGAAAGUAUGGGAAUGCUAAUGCAUGGAGAUAUUGCACAGACGUUUUCGAUUAUCUAACAUUGUCAGCAAUAAUAGAUGGAACUGUAUUAUGCGUCCAUGGUGGUCUUUCACCUGACAUUAGGACUGUUGACCAGAUUAGAGUUAUAGAACGGAAUUGUGAGAUCCCCCACGAAGGACCAUUUUGUGACUUGAUGUGGAGUGACCCUGAAGACAUCGAAACAUGGGCAGUCAGUCCUCGUGGAGCCGGGUGGCUAUUUGGAUCCAGAGUUACAUCAGAGUUCAAUCACAUCAACAAGCUUGAUUUAGUUUGCCGUGCGCACCAACUUGUUCAAGAAGGUUUAAAGUACAUGUUUCAAGAUAAAGGACUUGUAACUGUUUGGUCUGCACCAAAUUACUGUUACCGGUGUGGCAAUGUGGCUUCAAUAUUGAGCUUUAGUGAGAAUAUGGAGAGAGAGGUAAAGUUCUUCACAGAAACUGAGGAAAACAAUCAGAUGAGAGGUCCAAGGACAGGGGUACCUUACUUUUUGUAAAGUAGUUUCUGUUGGGAAAGGAGAAAGGCAGAAGAAAAAUGGUGGGUGGUGCUGAAUAUUGUGCAAUGAUGAUGGAGAAAACAGAUUGCAUUUUCAGUAAUUGGUUUUUGUUUACAAGUUCCAUUGCUUGUUUAUUGUGUUACAUAAUCAAUCAUAUUCAUGUGUUGUUGAUAUUCUGGUAGUAGACUGUAAUGUAAUUGCUCUAUGGUUUGACUUUUGAUUAAAAUUUGAGGAACUUCCAUUGGAGCUUGAUAGUAA